GCCGGAGCUCUGGAAGUCAAUAGAGCAGUGAGUUCCCCGCAACUUGAGAACCUUCUUCAAAACGUUGUGUCUAUGAAUCCCCUCGUUUUCCGCCGACCUCUACUCAAGCAGAGUUUUCGAACCUUAGCCGCGGGUCUUGCGCUUACUCGAAAAAUGCAUAUUCAAUCAAUCCCCAUGUGGGUGGGCAGUAGCAACAACUACGCCUAUCUGGUUGUCGAUGACAAAUCCAAGGACGCCGUCAUCAUCGACCCGGCCAACCCUCCCGAGGUUGCCCCGGUCUUGAAGAAAGCCAUACAAGAGGGCAAAAUCAACCUCACGGCCAUUGUUAAUACGCAUCACCACUGGGAUCAUGCCGGCGGUAACAAGAAACUGCUCGCUGAGCUUGGGCUGCCAAACCUCGCGAUCAUCGGGGGGAAGGAUUGCGAGGCUGUGACGAAAACGCCCAGUCACGGGCAGGGCUUCAGUCUCGGCAGUAUCGCGGUCAAGGGGCUGCACACACCCUGCCAUACGCAAGACAGCAUCUGCUGGUUCAUGGAGGAUGGUGGCGAUAAAGUGGUCUUCACAGGAGACACUCUUUUCCAUGGCGGUUGUGGCAGGUUCUUCGAGGGCACGGCAGCAGAGAUGGACAAGGCUCUGAACAAAACUCUUGGGUCGUUGCCCGACGAUACCCGGGUCUUUCCCGGCCAUGAAUACACGAAGGCUAAUGUCAAGUUCGCCGCGUCUGUCUCGCAAAGCAAGGCGGUCAAGGCUCUUCAAGCCUUCGCCGAUGCAAACGAGGAGACACAGGGGAAGUUCACCAUCGGCGACGAGAAAGAGCAUAAUGUCUUCAUGCGGCCACAGGAUCCGGAAAUCCAAAAGGCCACGGGCCAGACAGACCCGAUUGAGAUCAUGGCCAAGUUGAGGGAGAUGAAGAACAAUUUCAAGUGAGUACUGGGGAAAGUUUUUGCAGCGUGGAGUGCGAAUCAACCUAAUUGCCCAGGCCGCCGGCGGAGUCUAAAAUGUAGAGAGCUGGCAAAGGGAGAACACACAUGCGAAUACAAUUGCAGCGAUUGAGAUUGUUUAUUUGGUUGUGCCUUAGCAAGCAGAUAGUCAAGAAAUAUUAUUGGAUAGAGAGUGUAGAAUACAGGGUAGAAUGUCUUCAGCCCGUGGAAGUAGACUCAUCCGUAGGACAGAUGAAUCAAUUGCCACGGGAGGAAAGCCAAAUAACAGAAGAGGUCAAAUGACAUUUGCUUGAUCUUGCUUCACUGUCCA